CGGGCGGCGGAAGUAGGAACCUGGGAAGGAAGAGGGGAAGGGGCCUGGCUGUGCUUUGCAAAGGGCCCACGUUUCUGUUGUGGGAAGCUCCCGGAGGUCGCACGUGCGUCCGAGCCCAAGCCCCUCCCCUCCACUCCCCUCCCCGCUUGCCGGGGAGCCGCCGAGCGGCUGGCUUCCUCUCAGCCCGCCGAGAUGGCGCUCGACCCCGCAGACCAGCAUCUCAGACAUGUUGAAAAAGAUAUUUUGAUCCCUAAAAUAAUGAGAGAAAAGGCCAAAGAGAGGUGUUCUGAACAAGUUCAAGAUUUUACCAAAUGUUGCAAGAACUCUGGAGUUCUUAUGGUAGUAAAAUGCCAGAAAGAAAACUCUGCGUUGAAAGAAUGUCUAACUGCUUACUAUAAUGAUCCAGCCUUUUAUGAAGAAUGCAAAAUGGAAUACCUGAAGGAAAGGGAAGAAUUCAGAAAAACUGGAAUUCCUACAAAGAAAAGGCUACAGAGGGUUCCAACAAGCAUGUAGGCGGAUACUCAAAUGACAUUCAGGAACUCUAAUAUUCAUGGAAGUCAUUUUAUAGUAUAAAUCACCUUAAAUAAUGAACUCAAGCAUGUAUGUUUGCUUUAAUUAUGGAAAUACUGAAAUAAAUAUUUUACUUCAAA